AUGAGAGGACCUCGCUUUGAGCAGACUGAUUUUAACUUACAACCUCAACCUGAAUCAGCAAUUGAACUAAUAGCAAAUAUACCUAUUAAAUUUUCAAAUCAAAGAGUCGUUUCAUGUGAUGGUGGUGGAAAACUUGGCCAUCCCAAAAUAUAUAUCAAUUUAGAUGAAAAUGAAGAUAUUUCAUGUAGCUAUUGUGCGCCAUACUUUAAAAAUAUUAAAUUUAACAUUUAUACAGGUGGGGUACGUUUUCAAAAUAGAACUUUAUAA